UUUCUGCAGCUGUGGCUGGGAUUGUAGCAAUCUCUUUUGUGAUUAUCUGCAGCGUUAAGAUCAGGGGGCACUUCUCAAUUAAUGCAAUGGUCUGCUGGAAAAGUGAUGAAAAGAAUUAUCCAAUCAAUGAGGAGGAAAUCAUAAAGAAGUACGAAUGUAUAGCCCCAAAGCGUUAUACUUAUUCAGAUGUGAAGAAAUUUACCAACUCAUUCAAAGAUAAAGUAGGAGAAGGAGGAUAUGGUGUUGUAUACAAAGGGAAGCUACCUGAUGGGUGUAUGGUGGCAGUGAAAAUCCUCAACAAGUCCAAAGGUAAUGGAGAAGAAUUUAUCAACAAAGUGGCUAGCAUUAGUGGAAUAUCGCAUGUUAAUAUAGUCACUCUUCUAGGUUUUUGCUAUGAGAGGACUAAAAGAGCUUUAAUCUAUGAAUUCAUGCCUAAUGGAUCUCUUAAUAAGUUCAUAUAUGAUAAAGGAUCUCCAUUUACAAAUUAUCACUUGGACAACAAGACUCUGUUCCAAAUUGCAGUUGGCGUUGCUCGAGGAUUAGAAUACUUGCAUGGUGGUUAUAACACAAGGAUCCUACAUUUCAACAUAAAACCACACAAUAUACUUUUGGAUGAAGAUUUGUGCCCAAAAAUAUCUGAUUUUGGCUUCUCUAAACUAUGCAAAACAAAUGAUUGUGUUGUAUCAAUGGCGGACAUGAGAGGAACUGUAGGUUAUAUUGUACCAGAAGUAUUUAGUGUGAGCUUUUGUGGAGUCUCUCACAAGUCUGACGUUUACAACUACGGAAAGUUGAUUCUUAAAAUGGUUGGUGGAAGGAAAAAUUUUGAUUGUGGACUCUCUCAUGUCACUGAGGCAUAUUUUCCACACUGGAUUUAUAAGAAGCUUGAACAAGGCAAAAAUUCUACUACUUUUGAGGAAAUAAUAGAAGAGGAAGAAGAAGAUACAAUAAAAAAGAUGAUAAUAGUUAGUCUCUGGUGCAUUCAGACAAAUCCUUCAGAUAGACCAUCAAUUGAUAAGGUGAUAGAAAUGUUAGAAGGAACCCUUCAAUCCUUACAGUUUCCACCAAAGCCUUUUUUGGAUUCCCCUACCAGGUCACCUCAAGAUUCUUAA